AUGGAAUGUCUGGCUCACAAUGCACGAUACUCUAGGUCCAAGACUGAAACUUCUAGUCUGGAAGCAGUCCGAGCCAUGCUUGCGGUCGAUCCAAUCCGGUAUAAGUCGAAUACCAGGACCCCAUUAGAUACUGCUGUAGCUGGCUCUCGGGCUAUGUCUGGCACAAAACCACCUCAUGUAUGCGUAGUAGGUGCAGGAAUGGCUGGUCUAAGCCCGAAAUGGUCAACGCAAUUGGAAGCUCACUUUGACAGGGGUUCCAACUGGAUACAUGGGUCCAAGAACAAUCCUAUCUUGAGAUUGGCACGGGAGCUCGAUAGUGUCUGUUUUGAGCCUCCCGAGGGAGAGUCUGCAAAUUCUCCAAUCUACGACAGGUCGGGUCAGGAGCUAGACAGCAAGACUGCUCUAGCAUACUCGGCUGAGACAUGGGACAUCAUCGAUGAGGCUAUUCGAUAUAGUCAGAAGGAUAGAGGACUUUCGAUUCCGCCCGAAAAAUCUCUCAUCGACUAUUUUUCUUGUGCGAUCAAGGUAAGGAACUACGAUGAGCCCAAGAGCAAGCUUAUUCUUGACAUGGCUCGAAUGUGGAGUGACAUCGUGGGAGAACCUGUCGAGAAGCAAAGCUUACGAUACAUGUGGCUAGAAGAAUGUAUUGAAGGCGGUAAGCCUCUGAUAUUCUCUGAAAUCUUGGACGAUACUAAGAUCCUAUCCGGUGCAGAGAAUUGGUUUCUAGCUAGUACCUACGCCGCGAUUCUCGAUAGAAUUCACAGAGACUGCCUUGCGUGUGCUGAAAUAUUACUGGAGAAGCAGGUCACCAAGAUCCAAUCAGUACGAAGCCAUGAAGAGGGCCAGCACGCAAUCCUGAUUGACACCACGGAUGGCACGAGCAGCGCCUUUGACGAAGUAGUCAUGACUGCCCCUCUGGGCUGGCUCAAGCGAAACCAAUCGGCUUUUGCACCCUCGCUUCCCCUACAACUAAACAAUGCAAUCGAUCAUAUCGGCUUUGGCCGCCUUGAAAAGGUGUAUAUCCACUUUCCCUUCACCUUUUGGCAAUCUGGGAGCUCAAAGAAAGAGCAUCCUUUGUUCUUCCAAUUUCUGACCCCUGAGUACGCUCCUGAGUCCAAUCCGCAUCAGUGGACGAUCGAAUGUGUUUCUCUGGCAUCGCUACCUCAGCCUUGCGAUCAUGCGACCCUGCUCUUCUACGUCAACGGCCCGACAAGCGCUUACGUUACUGCACUCGUACGUGAUGAUGAGGUCGGCUCUUCCAGCUAUUACAACAAACUCGAGGCUUUCUUUUCGCCUUACUAUUCUCGCCUGCCAAACUACGACUCCGAAACUUGCAGGCCCAGCAGCUUCUACAACACAGAUUGGCAAAACGAUGAUCUUGCAGGCAAUGGAUCGUACUCCACAUUUCAAGUUAGUGACUACGAGAGGGAUGGGCUGGUGGAGCUAGACAAAGAUAUUGAGAUCCUUAGGUUUGGGUGUCCGGAGAGGAAUCUCUGGUUUGCAGGCGAGCAUGUUGCCCCGACUCUAGCCCUAGGUACUACGACUGGUGCUUAUUGGAGCGGUGAAGCCGUGGCUGAUCGAAUCGCGGCAUUGUAUGGGAGAGCUGGGGCGAAUUGA